AUGUCACCACAAGUCAAUACCCCAGUCGUCGCUGAGGUUGUUGGUACACCAGCGCCAUCGGUGAUCGAACCCGUCGAGGCCUCGAAUGUCAAAGUAAGUGAAGUUCCAAAUGUGGAUGAGUCGAUUGUCGAACCGAUGAUCGCGGAUAGCGCGGUAUAUAAGGAGGAAUAUAAUUCAGAUUCGGAACAAUUAUAUAAUUCGGAUGACUCUAAGAAUGAAGUGACCUCGACAGAUACUGAGGUCAUUAAACCGACCGAGGCACAGUUGAGACGAUGGGCAUAUCUUAUUGUUUCUGUAAAUUAUCUUGAAAAUCGUGACGAAAUUGCAGAAGCUGAGAACCUUGUUCUCGAUCAGCAACAAAUCGAUGCCUUGCAAAAAUUCGUUGAAGCUCAUACCAAAAAAAAUGCUAAAGGCAAGGAUAUCGAAAGCACACUCAAGCGUGAUUCUAUGGUAAUUGAUCAGUUUGAACGCAAAAUGAAGGAGCGUAAGGCCAAGCCAAAAGUCAUGACUAGAGCUGAUGCAGAGGCUAAGGGCACUACUUGGGAUACUUAUGGACUUGAAUACGGGAAUAACGACAUUCUGAAGUUUUCUGAAGUAACCGAUGCUUGGCGCUCACUUGCGAAGGAGCUACAAAUCGAUCAUCAAAGCAUUAAGAAUGCAGAUCCACAAGUAUUAUUCAGUCAGGGUUAUAUCUCACCAUUCCAACUUGAAAAUCGAAAAGAUGGCAAAGUAACCUUGCGUAAGCGUAUCUACUUCAAAUCAGAUGAGGACAAAGAGACCUUCUUAGGGCUUUAUGAGAAACUUAAUCUUGUAGAAUAUUGUGUGGCAAAUGAGCUAUAUGAUCAGCGUCUACAAACUAUGCUGCAUGAUGAAGAGAUUGUGAUAACAAUAAUACUUGGAACUUGGCUGGCCGCUGCGUUGAAAGUGUUUAAUGAUUGGGAAACAUCCAAGUAUUACCCCAAGCUAACUGAAUCCCAAAUUCAAUCUAUUGUUGGAGGGACCGAUCCAGAUGGAUACAACGAAUGGAAAGCGAAGUAUGAACCACUAGAAGUCAAAGAAAAGAAUGAAGAUAGGGAAAAGAGAAGACCAUUAAAUAUUGUUAAGGAGAAGCUGAUUGAGAGCGUCAAAGACAAGUAUUAG